AUGAGCACGGUUCUCAAAACAUGCGUGUCGCUCUUGAGCAUCGUUGGGUUGGCCAAGUCUCAGUCAUCAUGUUCAGAGGGGAUCACAACCCUAAAUGUGUCAACAACGGCUGAAGCCUUGGAACUAAGCGACUCGCUCAACAACUGUGCUGGAUCAGGCGAGUUCGAGGUCAAUUGGAGCGGGAACGUGCUGCUUUCACAGACUAUCACAGUUCAAAAUAGGACCGCGCUCACGGUGAGAGGAGUUGGUGCCGAAGCAGCUGUAAUCGAUGGGGGUGAUGCUAUUAGCCUCUUCCACGUCUUCAACGGGUCAGUGCUCAUGCUCGACGGGGUGUCGCUCAUUGGAGGCAGCGGUGUCGAAAGCGGCGGGGUGGGACUUUGCUGCUCAUCCACUCUGCUUGCUGCCAACAGCUCUUUCGUCGGCAACUCAAGUCCUGAGGGAGGUGCCAUCACCUCUCGCGGCAGCACCAUCUACAUCGGAGGGAACACGACCUUCGCUAACAACACGUCAGGAUCGGACGGAGGUGCUAUCAACUCGUACUACAGCCACUUCAUCAGCAUCGAGGGUGAAACGACCUUCGCUCACAACACUGCAGAACGUGAUGGAGGCGCGAUCCUCAUAUGGGGGACUAGCCUUAUCAUCGAAGGCGAUACUGCCCUUGCCAUCGAAGGCGAUACUACCUUCACCAGCAAUUCUGCGCAAGGGGAAGGAGGUGCUAUCCACUCCAGAUACGGCCAUGCCAUCAUCAUCGAGGGCGAGACAACCUUCGAGGACAAUACCGCAACAGAGGGUGGAGGUGCUUUGAGCACAAUUGACGAUGGCAGAAUCACCAUCGAGGGCGAAACGACCUUCGCUCAUAAUACUGCAGGUUUUGGAGGUGCGGUUUACUUGAGCAAUUCCAGCCUGAGCGUCAACGGCACGGCGGAAUGGACCAGCAAUGCGGUCUUUCCGAACACCUCUGCUACUGAAGAAGGCACUGAUGGAGGUGCGCUGUAUUUGACCGAAGGGUCGGACGUCGUCAUGGAUGACGUCAACGCGUCGUUCACGAACAAUUCUGCAUUCGCGAACGGAGGGGCCAUAGCAGCGGCGGACGGCUCUUCUUUGACCAUCAUCGGCCCAAUAUCGUUUGUAAACAACACAGCGGAGGGCAACGGAGGCAUGGCUCUGUUUUCAUCAGGCUCGGUUUGGAAUGUAGAAUCUCCAGACGACUCGGGACCCGCAAACACGACCACGUGUGUCUUCGAACGGAACAGCGCCGAAGACGGCGGUGCCAUUUACAGCGCCGCAGGCUACGACAUAAUCAGCGAUUCAUGGUUCGAGGACAACAUAGCAGUUGGAUCGCGCGGGGCAUACCUCCAUUCCGGCCUCCUGGUUAGCUUGGCCGACACCACCUUCGUCGGAAACAGAGCCGGUGCCGCUGGGCUGGCUGUUGCAAGCCUCGGGAUCAUGGAGAAUGUUACCGACACUACCUUCGAGUCCAACACAUAUUAUUGCCAGUCUGGGCAGUAUGGCUACGACAUCAGCGCGGAUGAAGACGAGGUUUCCGGAACCUGUCGAUUCGACGAAGUCUGUACAGGCUGCGCUGUCUCAUGUGCAGAGAUACCGGAGAGUGUAGUCGUCGCCAACGACGCCUUCGUGCCCAUGUGUGAAACGGUGCGUAUGUCUAACCAACGCGGCGGGCGCCGUAAGAGUCGCAAGGCGUGGUUCCAUCGAAAGGAGGGCGAGAUUUACGUGUUUUUACCCACUGCAGCUAUUACCACCUUCGUACGCCUUGUCAAUGCCGAUGGAAUUAGCGCUCCCAGCGGAUAG